UUUAAACAGAAUUUAUAGUCUCAUUCAUAUGUUUAAAAGUAUUCAUACUGAUCAUGCGAAACACCAAUAUUUCAUUACCAUCACAUUAAACAAUGAUGUAUGAAUUCAAUAUAUGUGUACAUACAUACAUUUAUUUCAAUAUAGCCAUCAAAGGAUUGAACUUGAGUGUUUAAUAUUUCAAGAUGAAGUGGAUAUGUUUUAUCCUAUUACACAUUCUUCAGCUGGCAGAAGUGUCCUUGAGAAAGCUUGAACCCCGUAGAGUGACACUUUACAUCGGAGGCCAAACUCAAUUUAAAUGCUCACCUGAAAUACCAGAGAACCACACCAUAGUUGGCUUGAACUGGGAAUUGACAGGUUACCAUGAAGUACUCACUUUUGUAAAUAGGAAGCAAGGUUAUGAUGCCAAAACGAGGAUCCUGUUACAUUUAGAAAAUGGUGAAAUUCAAGGUCUUGUUUCAUCAUUUGUUGGGCAACACAAAUCCCAUCCCCGUUAUUACUUUCAUAAAAAGGGAAAUAACUUCACUAUGCUGAUCCAGUCUGCAAAGUUGGAUGAUGCAGGGGAAAUAGCAUGUGUGGUGUACAUUAACAACGAUGCAACAGAUAGAACUUCUACUAUUAAAUCCACUGCGCAACUUAUUGUAUUACCAGAGAAAACACCAGUACAAUGGGCAAGGGAAGGAAAAUAUGAGAUCAUACCCUGUAGAGUUCCAAAUUACCUCCCCAAUGGCUGGAUGACAGAAUGGGUACGACUGCUUUACUACAACAACGCAAAGAAGAGAAAGCCUCCUCGAUUCAUCUUUAUGAUCAGUAACAGCUGGAGGUUUUAUAAAAAACACUGGACGACCAUUGACAGUGUUAAGUAUGAACUCAUGCAACCAGAAAGUCCAUAUAUAUAUGAUAUAAAGAUAAAGCAUGUUAGACCAUCAGAUGCAGGGUACUAUGUUUGCAACAUACAAAUUGAAAAGAUUCAUACAUUGUUUGAGGACUCUGAAGGUCCUAAGGACUACUACUUUCCAGUACAGAUGAAAAUAAAAGGUACUCCAAAAGAGCCAAAAUGUAAAUGUAGCAAGCCCAAGCACAUGUUGAGUAAAGAUGGAGACACUUUAUUUACCAAUGGGUUAAACUGUGGCUCAAGGGUUGAAUGGAGAUGCAGAGAUCAAUCUUUUCCAGUAUUCACAGAGCCAGUACCAUACCAGACAUGUGUCAAUGGUACAUGGGAACCACAGUUUGAAGGUCUUCCAUGGUGUAUGUUUUACACAAAAGGUAAUCCAUGUAUAGAAUUCCAGAACAGAAAGAUAUGCAAACAAGAUUCUAGAUGCUAUGUAGAUGGUGAGAGUUCUGACGCAACAUGUAGAUGUAAAGAAAACACAAAGGGAGUUUUUUGCGAAAAGACAUCAAGU